AUUUGAACAGUUUCCACGCCCCCAAAAGGCGGGGAAAGGUUAUUAUAUUCCGGUAGGCGCCAACAUUGGAUUCGGGUCAUCUCUGUAAAAAUUUGCAGGGUAUUGCAACUGCCUCAGCAUUUAGCACCGUGCUAUUCCUGCCUGCGGGGCAAAUUUCGACAGAAUCCGAAGAGCUCAUCCACUUCGCGUCUCCUGCCACCGGACUGUUCCAUUCCGAUCUCAGGGAGAGUUCGUAGUGCCCGGAGACCACGAACCCCCAUCCAGAAGUUCUUCUGCACAGUAGGCCCGGUAAGAAGGUGGAAAAGUAGUCCCAAGGGCCUAAUUACAAACAGUAUCGUCCAAGCGUAAGAAGGAAAAAAAAAAAGCCAAAGAACACUCUGCUCCCCCCUUGAAUGUCCAAGGGACGUACAGUCUGCGCCCGACGUCUGCAGGCGGCUUGUUCAAUUUUUUAGCUUUUGGAAGAAAGGGGCGCGUGAGUGAGAGAGCGCGAGCGCGCGCGCUGAUUUCCCGGGUCGGGGAGUGAGCGCGCGACCAUGAUGGCCCCGGACACCCAGAGGAGCAAGAUGCUCAAAUUGGUUGAUAUAUUUAAUACUCCAAGUGAUGAUGAAGAUUUUCUUGGUUUUGGUGCUGAUGUUCCCAUGGAAACACUGUCACUGGAAGACAGCUGUGAAAGCUUUGAUUCGCUAGAAUCAAGAAAAAAGGACAUUCAUUUUCAGACUAAGUAUCUGACUGAGGAACUGAGAGAGAUUUUCAGAGAAGACACAGAUUCAGAAAAUGAAGUGUUUGAAGGGUUUUCUUCAAAUGAGUGUGAAGUAAACGGAGAGGAGGAUAUGGAGGCAGUGGAUUCAGAUCUGGAAAAUGACCCAUUAUCCUUGAUGGCGGCAGAAGAAGAUGAUGAUGAGGAAGGUAGAGGAAAGGCUUCCUCCAGGAGAAAUAGUUUUGGCUUUCGUGUGGCAUUACAGUUUCCUACCAAGAAAUCUGCUGAGAAGAGGGCACCUGAGAAACAUUCCCCCAGAUUCUGCCUGAUGAACACUAAACGCCCUCAUUCUGUUACACAGACAAAAGAUAAUAAAACUUGGAAAAAAGUAGACCAGGAAGCCUCUUCAGGGUCUGAGGAAGAUUCUAAAGAGGCAUCAAAUGAAAACUCUAGUGCACUGCUUAAAAGAGCCAUGAAUAUCAAAGAAAAUAAAGCAAUGCUUGCUCAGUUAUUAGCAGAACUGAAUUCUAUACCUGACCUAUUUCCAGCAAAAACUCCUAUCUCAACUCCUUCGAAACAGAAGAAAACACCAAGGAGAAUAUUUUCAGAAGGCCAUAUAGAGCGUCGUACAAACCCCACCAGAAAUGCUCGUCCCCCUGAGAAAUUUGCCUUGGAAAACUUCACUGUUUCUGCAGUCAGAUUUGCAGAGCAGCUUAACAGUUACAGACAACAGAAUCUCUUAAAGAAAAGACUAAAAGGGAAUGAUUUGGGGGUAACCAAAAGACGAAGAUCAUCAAAAAGGUACUGUUCAUUCCGACCAGUUGAAGAUAUUACAGAUGAAGAUUUAGAAAACAUUGCAAUAACAGUUAAAGAUAAAAUCUAUGAUAAGGUCCUGGGAAGCACAUGCCAUCAGUGUCGACAGAAGACAAUUGAUACUAAGACAGUUUGUCGCAACGAAGGCUGCGGGGGUGUGAGGGGACAGUUCUGUGGACCAUGCCUUCGUAAUCGCUAUGGUGAAGAUGUGAAAGCAGCACUUCUAGACCCAGACUGGUUCUGCCCUCCUUGCCGUGGGAUCUGUAAUUGCAGCUAUUGUCGCAAACGUGACGGUCGUUGUGCCACAGGAAUGCUCAUUCACUUGGCAAAGUUUUAUGGUUAUGACAACGUAAAAGAGUAUCUUGAAAGUUUGCAAAAGCAACUUGCUGAAGAUGAUUGAAAAUACGAGAUUACCCACGCAUUACCUUGGCAACUUUUAAUUCUUGUACUUCAAUCAGAGUUGGCGACUUAAAAUUUUACUACAAUAAUGUUUUUAAAAAUAUAGAAAUUUAGGACAGAAAUCAUUACUUUUUAAAAUGGAUGUUGUAUGUUUUACAAAGAUUUCUCAGGAAAACAUCUGCUAAAGGAAUCAUUACGUUAUGUAUUAUUUGGCACGAUACACUGGGGAAGCCUUCUGGGAAAUCCUUCUUGAAAUGAAUAGAGAUUAGAACAGCUUCCAUUCUUUUCAAUGGGAAUUUUACAGGAGAAAUGCUUAUAGAUUUUGCUGCUUAGGAAUAGACUUCAGCUGUCAGUGGUUAAUAUUCAACAGAACUGCAAAACCCUUGGAAUAGCUACACUCCACUGCUUUAAAAUAGGGACGGGGAAUUUGUGGCUCUUCAGAUGUUGGACUCCAAUUCCCAUCAUCUCUGACCAUUGGUCAUGCUGAUGGGCUGAUGGAAGUUGGAGUCCAACAACAUCAGGAGAGCCACAAGUUUGCAUUCCUACUUUGAAACUAUUUUAAAUUAUACUCUUAGAUUUUAGAAAUGUAAUGCUAUUGCCAGUGAAAGAAUUAAUAUUCCCAGCAUCCUACUGUUUGUAUUAUUUCAACCACAACAAGUUUCUCUUUGGUAUGUUAAUUAAAAUAAAUAUCCCAAUAUAUUAUACAUUAAUUUCAAUACAAGUGGGUGUUUCUUAACGUUUGUGAACUCCUGGGGGCAGUUCUACCCCUACAUACCCCAGACAUAAGUUUUACAUAAGAUAAGCAGCUAAUUUGACACAGUCAUGUGCAUAGAAGCUGUGAUAAUAAAUCUGUGGAAUCGGACACUUAUACUGGCAUUGCAAAAGGAGAUUGAAUGAGAAAGUUGAUCUUCUUUAAAAAAAGCAAGCUCUUUCAAAGUCCAUUUGGGAUGAUGUCAAAAAUGAGGAAACAGCCAUGAGGAUGCUCGUCUGGGAAGUGGGAAGGAAUAAGAGUGUGAUAAGAAGAGGAAAGUUCUGCCUGCCUCAGGAUCCCAGCCCUCCCAGAAACUUUGUGCACUCCUUUCAGAUAUUCUACAUCCCUACCUAUCUCAUUUAAGUUAAAAUUAAUUGGAAGGGGCACAAUCCAGCCUAAGUUGAGCACUUCAUUUUAUUUUGAUUUCAGCUGUGAAAUUAUUGUAUUUUGAAAGUGCUCAUGGCCAGGGUCUUCACAGUGAAGGGAAGGAAUACCUAGGAUUUUGUUUUAUGUUGUAGCAUUCAUGUUCCUGCUACUCUGUAGUAGGAGGUAAGCUUUGUACUUUGCAUCUGCAGAACCUGAAGGAGAAAAUUUUUGGCAGUGCCUACCUUCAGCAGUUCUUGACAAAGAAUGAAGCAAAAUCUCUUUCAAAAGCUCCUUCCAUCUGAUGUAGGAUGUGUUAUGUAAGCUGACUGAGGAUUUUGUACUCAUAGUAUAGUUAUCCAAUGGAAAGUGUGUAUUGCUGAAAUCUAUAGCAGUGGUUUCUUCUACUUGGUUUUUUGACACCAUCUUUAGACCCCUCUCAAAGUAGUUUUUAAAAGGUUUGUUGAUUACCAAUUGCAUGUGCCUCAGAAGUGAAAUCGGCAUGACACUGGCAUCCAUCUAAAUAUUUAAGCUGCAAGAAUGCUUAAGAUGUAUGUUAAGUUUGAAGCAGCCCAAAAUCUACAUAAAAGUAAAAAAUGACCAUUGCGGGCGGUCUUGGCACAUCAAUCACGCUGGUGUCCAUUUGUAGUACAUUGGCUGUCACAGCGAGUUGAUUAGUACAAUCAGAUGACUAUACACUGGAGUAUUUAACUUAAGAUUUAUUUUGAUAUUUUAUACUGAUAUUAAAAUGAGCAUGACAACACAUUUCUUGAGAUAU